AUGGGGGAGAGCGGGGUGCCCCCCCAGGUCCAGCUCUUCCUCCGCGCCUGCGAGCAGGGCGACUGCGAGACCGCCCGGCGCCUCUUGGGGCUGCCCGCCGGCGGCGGAGGCACCGCCGACCUGGCGGCCUCCUCCUCCUGCGGCCCCGAGGAGGCGGCGGCGGAGCCCCGCGGAGAAGCGGCGGCCCCGCCGACCCCUGCCGUGCCCGUGGACUGCACGGACGAGGCCGGGAACACGGGGCUGCAGUUCGCCGCGGCGGGCGGGCACGAGCAGCUAGUGCGGUUCCUGCUGCGGAAGGGCGCCUCGGUACAGAGCAGGAACCACUACGGAUGGAGCCCCCUCAUGCAAGCGGCCAGGUUUGGACAUCUAAGUGUGGCCCACAUCUUGCUGGAAAAUGGUGCUGAUCUCAAUGCACAGAAUAAGUUAGGAGCCAGUGUCCUCACAAUGGCCUCCAGAGGUGGCCACGUCAGCAUGGUGAAGUUGUUGCUGGAAUCCGGAGCUUUUGUAGACAAUUACGACCAUUUCGGCACAAAUGUACUUAACAGCAGCAGAGACGACCUUCCCGAUAUCACUCCAUUAAUGGCAGCUGCUCAGCAUGGACAUGAGGCAGUGGUACAUCUGUUACUAGACUGGGGAGCUGAUUGUAAUUACACUGUGAAGACGAUGGGCUGGAGUCCUUUAAUGCUGGCAGCUGUUAGUGGAAAGGUGAGCUUGGCACAGCAGCUCAUGGAGAAAGGUGCCAAUCCUGAUCACCUGAAUGUACUACAUAAAACACCUUUUGAAAUCUCUGUUGGCUUCAAACACAAAGACAUGAAGGACUACUUGGAAUCUCUCACAACGAUCAGACCUCAGGCAGAUACAGAAAAGAAGCAACCUGAUGUCUUUCAUGCUUUGAAACUGGGAAACUUCCAGCUGGUUAAAGAGAUUGUUGAUGAAGACCCAAGUCAGGUCAAUAUUACCAAUGUUGACGGUGCAUCUCCAUUAAUGAUUGCAGCUGUAACUGGACAGCUACCCCUUGUUCAGCUCCUUGUUGAGAAAAAUGCUGAUGUUGAUAAACAGGAUAAUGUUCAUGGCUGGACAGCACUGAUGCAGGCCACAUACCAUGGAAACAAAAACGUUGUAAAGUAUUUGUUAAAUCAAGGAGCGGACGUCAAUCUUCGUGCAAAAAAUGGAUACACGGCUUUUGACCUCAUAAUGCUGCUGAAUGAUCCAGAUACAGAGCUUGUAAGACUACUGGCAUCAGCAUGCAUGCAAGUAGACAAAGACAAGAAUAAACUGAACAACAGAUCAUCUUUGCCUAGUUCCAGAAGUAGGCAAUCCUUAAAUGUCCCAAUGUUGCCAGAUGACAAAGGAGGUCUAAAGUCUUGGUGGAGCAGGAUGUCCAAUCGAUUCCGCAAGCUGAAGUUGACUCAGACAUUGCGCCAUGGAUUUCCUUCCAAUCCGUUUGUGCCUUUUCCGGAUGAGCCUGAACCAUCAUUAAAUUCCACUAUAAAAGCAGUUUCACAGAGUGAUACGGGUGCCUCUGGAAACCUCGAUGCUGCUACAGCUCGGAUCACAAAUAACAAAGCUAGUGGUGCAAACACUACAAAAGGAGGAAAGGAUGAUGAAUUAUUGACAACCAUGUUGAGAAGUAGUGCCCCAUUUACCAGGCUGCCAAGCGAUAAGCUGAAAGCAGUGAUACCACCUUUCUUACCCCCCUCGAGCUUUGAGCUCUGGAAUUCUGACCGAACACGACUCAGCAAAGAUGGAAAAGCUGAACAGAUGAGAACUGCCUGGCCACAGAGAGCAAUCAAGCAUGAUUUUAACAGCAGCGGAAACUCUGAUAUAACAUCUGUUAGCAAAGGUACUAGACCAGUCAAAUUACCAACAUUUGCAAGAAGACCAGCAUCUCCUUCAAAUUCCAACAACUUCAGUCAUUCUCCUCAUUCUUCUGGUGGAUCCAAUAACAUUGCAGGAAUUAACAGGCAUGGAGGAGAACUGCAUAACAGAUCAGGUGGCAGUGCAGAUAAUGUUUUGUCUCAGAUUGCAGCCCAAAGAAGAAAAGCAGCAGGCUUUCCUGAACAGAAACCCAGCCAACAGCACAGUCCAGUCCAGUCAACUACUUCAUCCACUCUGUCUGAUUUGCAGUGUGCUCAGAUUGUUGGCAAUGGGCAUGUAAAGCAAAAACUGGAGAUGAACAAAAGACCUCCAUCUGGGACUUCAUCUACGUCUAAAAGCACAUCACCAACUCUCACACCUUCCCCAUCACCUUCCCCAUCUCCUAAGGUUCAAAACGCAGAGUCUUCUCUCUCUUCUUCUCACAGACAGGCCAAAAGCAACGGUUCCAGCAGUGGUACUAUUACAGAAGACGGCAACCACUCGGUGGACCAUCAACAGCUUGUCUCUAUUCUGAGAACCAGUGAUGUAGAGAAUCAUGAAAGACGAAACCAUGUGAGAGUAAAAGGAGGCUCUGAAAACUUGGAGAAAGAUGAGCUGACUGGCAUCCUUAAAAAAUUGUCUCUUGAGAAAUAUCAGCCUAUUUUUGAGGAACAAGAGGUGGAUAUGGAAGCUUUCCUUACACUUACUGACGGUGAUCUGAAAGAGCUUGGUAUUAAAACCGAUGGAUCAAGGCAGCAAAUUCUGGCAGCUAUUUCUGAACUGAAUGCAGGAAAGGGUCGAGAGAGACAGAUUUUACAAGAAACUAUACACAACUUCCACUCUUCCUUUGAGAGUAGUGUUAGUAACACACGACCACCAGGUCAUUCUCAAUCACCUGGCUGCUCUUUAAAACCACAAGAAGCUGUUUCUCCUAAAAGGCAUCAGUGGUCUGGAUUUGAGAAGAACCAAGUCAGAAGAGCAAGAAAAAUGAAUGAUGGUACAAGAAGAUGGAUGUUUUCAUUCUACUCAUACCCAUAGAUGAACAACCCAUAGGAGACCUACAUAACAAAAGCACCGAAGAAGGCAUGGAAAACACCACAAAUUAUGGCAGCUUCUACAUGAAGAAGUAUAUAAAUUGAAUAUGCCACUAUUGACUGGAUACAAAUAAAGGAGUCCAAAUUGAAAAUGUAAUGGUUUCAUGAGAAGGAAUAUAAAGGAAGAGGAAGAGUAAGGCUGCAUUCUUCUUUAACUGAAAUACACUUUAUCUAUUCAAUAUUAUGAGGUUAGAACAACAGUAAAAGUAAAUAUGAAAUACCUAUUUAUAAAAAUAGCACUUUAUUUGAGGAAAUGCAUAAUCCGUCACCAAUAUUUAAACAAAAAUAGUGUUAAAAUAUUUUAUGUUGCUGUUUGGUUUUUUUUUUCUUGAGAAUAAAACCAUUCUACUGACA